UUUUUUUUUCUUUUUUUUUUUACAUCUCUCAAUUGCUUUUGUUUACAGUGAAGAGAGAUACCUGCAUCACUAUCCUACUCUUGGGUUUACCCACACCUGGGCCCAGAUGGACGCAUCUGGGUUUUUUCACGGUUCUAAAGUUAUGGGCUUCAUAAAAAUCAGCAGGUCAAUUAAUUAAUCUUUGCCUUCAACUGAUGAAAAGUUGAAGAAAAUGGCAAUAUUCACCUCUCCGGCGGCUAAAAUCCCUAACCCACCGGCUAAUUUCCGAACUCCAAGAAAAGGUAUAGCUUCAUUUCAAAUUUAUUCAUCGGUGCAGUAUUUUUGGCAGUUAACUCAUGCGCAAGAUCCAAUAUUUGAUGCGUUUCUAGCUAUACCAUUGAAAAAUUUCAAAUGGAACUUGAUAAAUGCAGCUCAAUGUCGCUCUAGUUCAACAGUCGCAAUGUCUGCUCCUUGUGUUUCCGAUGAAAUUGAGCAAUCGAAGCUUGUGUGGGUGUGGACCGAGAGCAAGCAAGUCAUGACUGCAGCUGUUGAGAGAGGGUGGAGCACUUUCCUCUUCCCCUCUGAGCCUCGCUUCAGAGAAAUUGCCGAAGAAUGGUCUUCAAUUGCUUUGAUCCAACCCCACUUUUUUGACGGUUCAGAGAUUUUCAAUGAAAAAAACGAACUAUUAGCAUUUAUCUAUGAUGUUUCUUCUCCUCAACAAUUACAAAAACUCCAACCAGAUGAUGAUAAUUCGGAUACUGUGGUCAUAAAUUUCUCAGGCGAAUGGCAGGUAAUACCUGCAGAAAAUAUUGUCGCAGCAUUCCAAGGCUCUAAGAAAACUGUACUAGCAGUUUCAACCUCUUCAUCAGAAGCACAAGUUUUCAUUGAGGCAUUGGAGAAAGGUCUUGACGGAGUUGUUCUGAAAGUCGAGGAAAUUGAAGAGAUUCUCAAAUUAAAGGAUUAUUUUGAGAGAAGAAGUGAAGUAAGAAAUCAUUUAAGCUUAACUAGAGCAACAGUAACAAGGGUUGAAGCAGUCGGAAUGGGUGAUAGAGUAUGUGUUGAUCUUUGCAGUCUCAUGAGACCGGGUGAAGGUCUUCUGGUUGGCUCCUUUGCUAGAGGCCUUUUCCUGGUUCAUUCGGAGUGCUUGGAAUCAAAAUACAUUGCUAGCAGGCCUUUUAGGGUCAAUGCGGGGCCGGUGCAUGCUUAUGUUGCAGUUCCAGGGGGAAGGACUUGCUACCUUUCUGAGCUGAAGGCAGGUAAAGAGGUCAUAGUUGUUGACCAAAGAGGCUUUCAACGUACGGCUGUUGUGGGUCGUAUCAAAAUAGAAUCAAGACAGCUGAUUCUUGUUGAGGCAAAGGACCUUAACGAAAAUAUUUACAGCAUCUUUCUACAAAACGCAGAAACCGUUGGUCUAAUUUGCCCUCUUGAAGGAGAUAAAGCAACAAAGACUUCAAUUCCUGUAACUUCACUAAAGGUCAGAGACGAGGUUCUGUUGAGAUUACAGGGUGGUGCUCGACAUACUGGAAUUGAGAUCCAAGAGUUCAUUGUUGAGAAAUAGAUAGCAUAUAUGCAUUGAAAAUCUACAAUGCUCGGGUAUAAUGGGAUUUUUUUUACAUGGUUAUUGUUCUUAUGGGUAAUUCCGUUGCAUUUAUCAAGCAAGGUCAAGUAUUGCUGCUGUUAUAUUUGUUUGCUGAGGAAAGAGAUGGAUGCAAUUGUAUCAAUUUUGUUCAUGUUAUAGUUUAGUUUUUCGAGGUUUAAUGUUUUUUUGCCAUA